GCCAUCAUGGCGCCGGUCGUGCUGUUGCUACUUGUGCUGCUGAGCCAGCUGUCUCCCGCGCCCGCCCGAGUGGAGCACCGCAGCUCGAACCAGCUGUCGUCGCGCGGCCUGGACGCAACUGAGGCACGCGGCUGGGUGCGCGCCUGUUACCUUUUCCGAGAUGUGCCGCUCGACCAGAUCGAUCCCUGGCUCUGCACGCACUUGCUGGCCUUCUUCGGCCACGUGACCGCCGACGGCCUGCCGCAGGUGAACGAUGCCGACCUGGACAAGCUUGCGCAACUGGUGCGCAUGCGCCAGCAACAGAACCCACUCCUUCGCGUCUGCCUGACGUUUGCCGCCAACAACGACGCGUUUGCCACGGCGGCCGCGUCCAACACUAGCCGCGCCAGCUUUGCCGCCGCCGCGGCACAGCUGUUGCAGCAGACCGACCUGGACGGUCUCGACUUUGACUGGGAGUUCCCCGCCUUCUUCCGGCCGGGUCACGAGCGGAGGGACUUUUCGCUGUUGCUGGAGGCGACGGGCGCGGCGCUGCGCGCGCUGCCGCGGCCGCGCCUCCUCACCGCCGCCGUCGGCGGAUCGUCAACCAUCGUCGACGUGUCGUACGAGGUUCCGCGCAUCGCCGCCGCGCUCGACUUCGUCAGCGUCAUGACCUACGAUUUCCACUUCUACAAGACGCUGGAGCCGGCCACCGGCCACAACGCGCCGCUGUUCGCGUCGUCGCGCGACCGCGGCUUCCUGGCGACGCUCAACACCAACUUCUCGGCCCACCUGUGGCUGGAUCGCGGCGUGCCACGCUCCAAGCUGCUGCUGGGCCUACCGACCUACGGGCACGGCUGGCACCUGCGCGACUCGGCCGUCCACGGCCUGCUCGCGCCCGCCUCCGGACCCUGGAAAAGCGGCUACGUCACCCUGGCGGACGUGUGCCGCCUGCUGCAGGGCAACGGCACGGCGGAGUGGGACCCGUUCGCACUGGCGCCGUACGCCUACAGCGGUGCCGAGUGGGUGAGUUUCGAGGACGCGCGCAGCAUGGCGGCCAAGGCGAGCCUGGUGCGCGCGCUCGACCUGGCCGGCGCCAUGACCUACAACCUGGACAACGACGACUGGGGCAACGUGUGUGGCCGCGGCGCCUUCCCGCUCCACCGGCUGGUCCGCGACAUGCUGCCCUCGCUGGAGCAAAACUGAAGCAGUCGGGGACACACCGCGCCCGUUGGAUCAGCGCGUUCCUAGUGGCUGUCCUCGCUGGACCAGCGUAGGCCUGAUCGCUGAUGGGUGGAUCGCGAAAUGGAGAGCAUUGAAAUGCAUGCUUACAAUUGGAUGUCGAAAAUACACUUAAUGCAGCGUGCCACAGAACCAUCGGAAGCUACAAACCUGAUGCAUUUGAACGAAACGAAAUUAGCAUAUUUCGACUCGGCAAAGAAGUGAGUACCGCACUGGCAAAGAUGCGGGUUAUUGCGUGCGGUCGUCCCACGUGCUUACGUUCAAAAACCACGGAUCCGGCAGUUUCCUGGAAUUGUACAGGAUUCAUGUCAGAUCUCAGCAGACCACGCACAUAACGUUAUGAAACCAACUGCAUGAUGUAGGUGCAUGUGCCGCCUGCAAACCGCCCAUGCCGUCCAUCACUGUCCGAUCCGUAGUGACGUCAGCAAUUGAUCGUGAGGCGACCAAUGUCGCGUUUUUUUCCAAAUCGAUCCCGAAAGCAGCACACUGUUGUCCAAACCAAGUGAGAGGCAGACGUAAAAUGGCAACAGCCCGAAACGAACCCGCCGCAAAUUUGCGCAUUUCGUCGGAAAAACCAAGGCCGUUUGCCGGCCUACCGCUGGCUGUGAUUUGGCUAUGCAGUCGUGUGGUUCUGCUGAAGGUCCUCCGCGCAGGAAAUGUAUUCCACAGGUGCGUGACUGCGCACCGAGCAGCCGAGGUCGUGAUAAC